UCCCUGUACGUCAUGGGACGCUAAACCGUCUUGGGCCAGCUUGUAGCGACUGUGUCCCGAAACCCAUCACGACGCCGGACCUUAGUCCCGAGUCCAUUCCUUCUUUUCGUCCCCAGAUCAGAUCAGAGAAAACACAAAAGCUUUCCAAUUGCAUUGGAAACAAACUCAGGGCAGCGAUACCUGUUCUUUACAGAAUGACUCGCCUGGCCGCUCUCAUAUCACUUGCGGCAGCUUGCUCCAGCGUGCAAGCUGCCAAAGUGGUCAAUGUUGGCGUCGAGGCUGCUUUUUCGGCUGGGCCGUAUUUGAUUGAGCUAUUGGAAACUGCUGCUAGCGAAAAUGCAACGUCCUACUUUCCGCUUCUCGACCGAAUUGCCGCUGGCACUUUUGCUAAUAUCGAUACCGACGCUGGUCUUUAUGAGAAGUUUGUCAGCAUCCUGUCUAAAGAUGGCCACGUUACAAAUGCUGCAUCCUUGUCUACCUUCAAUUUGGCUCUUGCCCUGCGAUCUGCUGCGCCCAGGGUGGAAGCCCACUAUCAAUACUAUGACAACCAACUGGGCCAAGCUGAUGUUGGCCAAUCUUGCGACAUAUGGAUUGCAUAUGGGGGCAAUCAAUAUUGCAGCCUCCCACUAGACUCUGCGCACUCUUCUGAGAGUUUCAGCCAUUCGUAAGCUCAACGUCACUACUAUUUAAACUUAUGGUGCUAACGCUCUUUAGCCAAACCGAACAUGUUGAGUUUGACAGAACACUAGGAUCAGGAAAGGAUGCCAUUUUAUAUGCUGACCCAACUUCACCGAAAUUUGGAUCUUACCACCAAGAAAUAUCCAAGAUGGCCGCCGCUGGCGAUGUCCGAUACCGCCUUCGCUAUCGUCGCCCCAACACUCUUCAAACCAAUCCCCUACCAGUCAGUGGAUACGGUGUGGAACUCGCGCUGAAGAGAACCGACUACAUUGUCAUUGAUGAUCGAGAUGCCGGAUCCCAAGACAGCCCUAAAGAAAAGAACCAGGAUACUGGUAGCCUAGAGCGUGAGGAUGAGGAAGAAUUGUCUGAUAUUGCUCCCCUCUCUAGCUCUGAUCUUGAAGGCAUAGGGAUGAAAGCGGCGUCUUUUAUCCAGCAAAGCAAAAAUCCCUUCGAAACUCUUAUUAAGCUAACCCAAGACUUCCCUCGCUACUCCUCCAUUGUUGCACGACAUGUUGUUUCAGAGGAAUUUGCCAAAGAAUAUGAACAGGCUGCAGAACAGAGAGUUCCCGUCGGCGUAAACGUUCUUUGGAUUAAUGGUAUGCAACUCACCGAUCGGCAGAUUCAGCCUUUUGCUUUGAUUAGCAUGCUGCGCCGCGAAAGACAGAUGCUCAACGAGGCUACCAGCCUUGGCUUCUCUAGCAAGGAAGUUGUUUCCCUGCUGGGCCACGAAAAGGUUGCCGAGGCAAACAGCGAUGACAGUGCAAGUCUUCGUUACGAUUGGCGAGACGGCACUGAAGACAAUAAUGCACUAGUCUGGCUCAAUGACUUGGAGAAUGAUGAACAAUACAAAGACCAUCCUAAAACUCCGCGCGCUCUUCUUCAACGCGCGUACCCUGGAACCAUUCCACCAGUCGGUCUUAAUAUCUUUCAUGCAGUUACACCUGUCGACUUCGACGACAGCGAGGAUAUUGAAAUGCUCACCCAACUUCUCACUUUGGUAAAUCGCGGCAUCACAGUCCGAUUUGGCCUCGUACCUGCACUGUCCUCAGCAAGAUUGGAGUCCACCGCUAAACUUGUCUACUACAUCAUGGAUACAUAUGGAUUACCCGGGUUAGCCACCCUCUUGGAAGCAAAGACUAACAAAGCCGACGAUAAAGCAGCACUGGACCAUGUUGCCACUUCUAACGAACCCUCUGCUGAUAAAAAAAUCUUGGAGCUGGAAAAAAUCCAAUCGUCUGAACUAUAUGGCGAACAAGUCAAGUCUGCCGAGAAAUGGCAGUCUAGAUUGAAAGCUUCGGCUGCAGAUGGCAAAGUCAUGUUUGUAAACGGCGCUAUUCACACCCGCUCUGAAUCGUGGAUGCAGAGUCUUGGUAUGCAGAUUACCGAAGAUCUGCAGACUGUGCAGAGGGCCAUUUUCCAAGGCGAGCUCACUGACGAAGAAUCGAUUGCAGAGGCUGUUUUCUUGACCAGUGCAGCCUUAAGACGCAACCCAUACCUGUCCGGCGGUGAGGGAAAGCCUCAGGUCCUAGAUGUCAACGCAAUUUAUUCCAACUAUGAGGAUCUCUUCCAGAACACACCAACCUUCGAAGCAAGCAAAGACUCUGCCAAGGAAUUUUGGGCAGCGUUCUCCAUCAUCUCUGAUUUCACAUCUGCAGAAGGCCGUGCCCUCGUUUUGGCUGCUUUGGAAUUUAAGCGACAGAACGACGGUGUCCGCUUAGACUUUGUACACAACCCAGCCGCUGAUGCCCCUACAACCGGUAUACAGUCAGCCCUAAAGACAAAGGAAGAUGAGCUGAAGCUUGUAACGGACGAAUCUCAAUUGGGGGCACUGGUGAAGAGCCUAGAAUCAGCCACAUCUUCUACCAAAGUCCAAAAGUCUUUAGAAUUGCUUCUCUCAUCCGCUAAGCUAUUAUCCGGUCACAAUUACGUCUUGCUCAACGGACGAGUGGUCGGCCCUAUUCUGGCCGAUGCGCCAUUCCUUGCCGAUGAUUUCAGCCUUUUACUUGAUAUUGAGCACAAAGCUCGCAUUGCGCCCGUGUAUGCUGCGGCAGAAGACCUUGGUCUUAGUGAAAAGCUUACCGAUCCUGUUAGCGUUGCGAAGAUCACCUCUCUGGUCGCCCGCUCAACUGUAUCCGAUGUUCCUGAAGGAAUAUUUGAUUCGGCUCCGAGUACAAGAAGCACCUUGUAUGACAAAUGGGAUUUGACGCAUGCUAAAAUUGAAGUCGGAAACCCAGACACCGCCUCAGUUCACUUGGUCGGUUUGAUCAAUCCCCUAAGCGAGCAGGGACAGAAAUGGGCUCCCAUUCUGAAGGUCCUUGCGGAUUUGGAUGGCGUCUACCUGAAGCUGUUCCUAAAUCCCAAGACUAAGAUUACCGAGCUGCCUAUCAAAAGAUUCUUCCGCUACGUGCUAGAAUCUAAACCUACCUUUGAUGCUAGGGGAAAUGUUAAGGCGCCACGUGGUACAUUCAGAAACCUACCCACUGACGCUCUCCUAACGGCCGGAAUGGACGUUCCGCCAGCAUGGCUUGUGUCUGCCAAAUCUUCGGUGUACGAUCUGGACAAUAUCAAGCUGUCUUCUGCCAAAUCUGACGUAGAUGCCACAUACGAGUUGGAACAUAUUCUGAUCGAAGGCCACUCUCGUGAAGUCGAAGGAGGCGCUCCGCGCGGUGCACAACUCGUUCUAGGCACCAAGACUGAUGACCAUGUUACUGAUACUAUCAUCAUGGCAAACCUCGGCUUCUUCCAGUUCAAAGCCAACCCCGGCUUCUACAACAUCCGCCUCAAGGACGGUCGCAGCGCUGAUAUUUACAACAUCGAGAGCAUCGGAACGCAGGGCUACAACGCCGUGCCUGGUGAUGAAGGAACCCGCGUUGUUCUAAUGGACUUUGAAGGGACUACUCUAUACCCUCGACUGCAGCGAAACUCUGGCAUGGAAGAAGCUGACGUGCUAGCUGAGCCUGAAGAUGGUGUUGUAGCCAAGGGCCUCAAGUUUGCUGAAGGCAUCUUGGGCGGUCUCGGCAAAUCUGCCUCUGCAAAGGAGCACGCUGACAUCAACAUCUUCUCCGUUGCCAGUGGCCACUUGUAUGAGAGAAUGCUCAAUAUCAUGAUGGUUUCCGUUAUGAAGCAUACGAAAAGGACUGUCAAGUUUUGGUUCAUCGAGCAAUUCUUAUCGCCGUCAUUCAAGGAUUUCAUCCCUGAACUGGCCAAGGAGUACGGAUUCAAGUAUGAAAUGGUCACUUACAAAUGGCCGCAUUGGUUGCGACAACAGAAAGAGAAGCAACGUGAGAUUUGGGGCUACAAGAUUCUCUUCCUCGACGUCCUCUUCCCGCUCUCCCUCGACAAGGUCAUUUUUGUGGACGCUGACCAGAUUGUCCGCACUGACAUGAUGGAUCUCGUCAAUCUCGACCUCGAGGGCGCACCAUAUGGAUUCACUCCCAUGUGUGACUCGCGCACCGAAAUGGAGGGUUUCCGCUUCUGGAAGCAAGGAUACUGGGAGCGCUACCUCCGCGGCAAGCCCUACCAUAUUAGCGCGCUCUAUGUUGUCGAUCUUCGCCGCUUCCGAGAGAUUGCUGCCGGCGACCGUCUGCGCCAGCAAUAUCAUCAGCUUUCCGCCGAUCCUAACUCUUUGGCUAAUCUUGACCAGGAUCUGCCUAACCACAUGCAGUUCCAGCUUCCCAUUCACAGCCUGCCACAAGAGUGGCUAUGGUGCGAAACCUGGUGCAGCGACGAGAGCCAAGCCCAGGCUCGCACUAUCGAUCUUUGCAAUAACCCGCAGACUAAAGAGCCCAAGCUCGACCGUGCCAGAAGACAGGUUCCUGAAUGGACAGUGUAUGACGAUGAAAUUGCGGCAGUGGCUAAGCGCUCACGCAAAGAGGAGAUCAACACAAAGAGCCGCGCGAUGCGUGACCCGGUACAUACGAAAGACGAGCUUUAGGCAGCUCUAAAGUAGUAGAGAUAUAGAAUUUCAUUUGAGAGUUUGAUAGAUUGAGAAUUUAAUAGAAAAAGCAAGGAUUGCCCGCCACAAUAAGUUAGUAUACACUGGUAGCACCCGCCUUUGUAACCAAACAUGUGUUCCUGCCUUGUCCAAUCGACCUGUCAAGUUCCCAAAAAUAAUGACAAUUCCUUGGAUUUAAUUCUACACCAUACGGGAGAACCUAGCGCAGGAUUCUCUUUGACAUAUAAAAGUAAAAGUAAAGGGUAUUUGCUCUGAAUAAAGAGGGCGCAAAACGAACGCCUCACAUGCGCCACCAAGACGCAAAAGAAGGAGAAUGGAUUCAAUGAUCAUGGACACAUGAUCCAUCGGGACGCCGAGAAUCCCGAUUAAGAAAACGUAGUGAUAGAAGAAGGAAUAUAUAACAGAAGCGUCGGCUGACUAAAGUCGUGUUCGUUAUGUCGUGUCGUUCGAAUCGUGUGCUUUGAGUUUCGACCAUGACGUGAAAAAUGUAUAUAAAAAGGUGAUAAAGAUGAAGGGGCGACAGGACGAGGAUAAGUGCAUAGCGGCCCACUGUAGGGAGACAGGGCGAGAGGAAUAGAAUUACUUUUAGCUGGUUUCUCGCUCCUCUCGUAUUGAAGUCAUGCCAGCUGUGCUGACGGCACUAGACGCAAGAGGCGCACUUGGCGGCAGCAUGGAGGUCGCUGGCGCGGGUGCAUCUUGGGUAGUUGGGACAGUGGUGCCAGCAUUCUGCUCAGCAGGGACUUCCUUGUGCAGAGGUGAAGAGUUGAGGGGAGAUCGUGACUUUUUAGUUUUCCCAUCUGCGCUUCCGCGAGAUGAUGUUCGAGGAGAGACUCGCCCCAUCUGGUAGAGAUUGUUAGCAAACCAUAGCCAUUCAACUACGGUCUAGGCGCGGCGUGUACAUACCUGUUUGGCCCAUCGUAAGCCGCAGCUGUUGCAGAGAUCUCGCUGGCCGCUUGGUCCUCGGCGCCACUCCGGAGUGCUGCGAGUAUGGCAGUUUGCGCAGUCGCGCACAAAGUUGCCCACGCCCUUGCGUCUCUUGCGCUUCUUCUUGUUGGAAAGCAGACCAGCCAACUCCUCAGCCAAGAUUCGAUUUACCUUCUCCAUUUGGCGAAGUUCAAACUGCCAGCUAGAGCACUUUGUCGUUCUGAGCUCGUCGAAAAUAUUGUCGUCGGAGGCUAAUGCUUCGUCUUGGUCACCAGGCACCAAGCCACCGCCGGGGAUUUCAGAUAUGGUUCCGCGUCUGCCUUGCGACUCGCUGGCUGUGGAACCAUCACCAGCGCUGGUAGGCGACGAGAUAUUGCGUGUCAUCGACUUAACAAGUCGUGUCUGCGCGAGAAAGAAUGAUGGCUUUUGGCCCUCAGUAGCGUCACCGGGAUAUAGAAUUGUCUGUGCUUGCAGCCCUUGGCCUCUGUUGUUCUGCAUCUCGUGCCUGCAAGUCACAAUCUUACCACGGCGAGCUUUCUCCAUAGCUCUACCAAACUCGGGACGCGACUCUUUACGCAUAAGCUCUUGUAUACUAGUUCCGACAAGUUCAUCUGGAUGGAGAUCAAGAAGCGAUCGUACGUUAGAUGAUACAAAUAGGAACAUGCCCGAAGUGGACAUCUUGGUCCAAAUUUCGCUGUCCCCAAUGCCGCCAUGGGCAUCGAGAUAGCGCCGGCUGAGAGCGAACACUGGCCUUUUCCUGCCGACGAGAAUGAUACAUUUGCGUCCCUUGCCAUGCUCGACAUAAAGGGACCCACGGCUUUCAAACCAUGUGUAACCGCUUUGUUUGCGCCUGAUGCGAAAGACGAUAUUAACUUGGCUUCCUGCUGUGGCGUCUUUCAACUCGCGAGUAACGGGAACGAUAUCGGAAGGGUGGCAAAUCGAAGAGAGAGAAUUUCCAACCAGUUCUGCUCCGUCGUAUUCAAGAAUACGUUUACAAGCCGGUGAUAGGUAAAGAAAUAGGCCUUUCAGGGACAAAACGUGAAUGAUGUCAUCACUGUUUUCUAGCAGCAUUUUGUCCCAUGAUUGCUUAUGCCAAUCGGAAACGACACCUGUUGGGUUGAACUGCUGAAGUAAUGUUGACACAUCGUCGGCACCUAGUGUCUGUCCAUUGUCGACUUCCCAGUACUUGGAAUUUGGCGGUGUCCAGAUAUAUUGACCAAUGUCAGUGUGCUUGUAAUUGACAGUCAUGCGACCGAGCUCUUGACCAGAUGCGAUGGCAUCAGGACAUUCAACUAGAUCGAUUUGAAACCCGAUAAAAUAUCGAAUUUCUUCGGUAUCCCACGGGAUAGGAAUCAUCGUGAGGAGGUUUAGGAACGGUUUGCCACCUUUGCGAUAGUUGAUUAAACUCUGUUGUAUUUCAACACGGUCUUCAAUGGAUUUUUUAAGGUUGUAGACGGACUGAUUGUCAACAAAUUCGCGGCGCUUUCCUGCUUCAACUUUGCCGUCCGGCGAUUGAAGAAAGCGACAAUUUUGCCCAACAAUAUCAUGCUGACUGUAGCCUGUGAGGUUUUGAAAAUUGUCGGAUACAUAGACAAUCGGGCAGUCAUUCAUAGUCACGUCUGUGACUACAAAAGCGCAUGACAUGUCUACAGCUCCAAGGUUGACCUUGGGAUUCUUUCUUGUGGCGACCAGCCACAAUGCCUUGAGCAUGUCAAACCCACUUUUGGAGUACAUUGUCUUCUCUCUGGCGGGGCCAAUAAAGGGCCUGUUCACUGACGAGUUUGUAGCUUGAAUCGGAUCUGGCGCAGUUUUGGGUGCUGUUGAUGAUUCCCGUGACAGUCCUGUUGGCUCAUCCAUCACUCCCGGUGCGGCAGGAGCCUGGGGAGCUUCCGUGGUUCUCAAACCCAACUCUGGACCGCUCACCGGUUUAUCCAUUUUCGAAGGAGCAUUGCUGCUGGGUACGGAGCUCGACGGUGUGUUGGCGCCAAGCGGUGUCGUUCCACCCGGUUGUCUGUUAUUGAUGUCGAAAUAUGCUGACGCGGGGGUAGGGUACUGUGCUGAGGCAGUAGGUGACUGGAACAUGGCUGCCAUAUCCAUGUCGGCAAAUUGCGGGGAGAUCAUAGUUCCCAUAAGUUCUCGUGUCGAAGCCGAGUAUGCAGCUUGUCCAUUUCCAUACGGUCCGACAUUUGUGGUAUCGAUUGCAGAAAUUGAUGUUGGCACUUGGCCAGCAUAUGGGUAGGUACCCGUGUUCUGCUGAUUUGCGUACAUCAUAACGUCAUCAGGAUGGUUUUGAGCGGCGGCGGAAGGAUAUUGCUGCUGCACGCUGCUCUGACGUGAUAUAUGUGGCUGGUCAUCUAUCACCAUGUUGUCGUUGGUGUUUUCGUUGGGUAGCGCGCCGAUCGGGGCACUUGAACCACCAGCAUUCGGCUGGCGUUGCUGCUUCUGGCGAUUUAGCUGUGCUGGAGAAUAUAUUCCUUCCAUAGCGGUGGCAUGGGCUGUUUAGAAGCUUGUGGUGUGGUGGGUUGAAAGUCAAGAUGACCAGGUCGACACCGGACUUUGUUUCGGCGUGCAAUGGAUCUGCUAGUACGGUGGGCGGUUGUCGAUAUUGUUAGGGAACUGGCUAAGCCAUGUAGAUCGAUAUAGAACCCGACGGGCGAAGUCAACGCUGUUGCUAGUGCAAGAGCCGCAGCGCUGUUUGUUCUUCGCGGUCGCAGCUAUGCGUUCGAGGAACUCUUAGUGGGGAAACGCUACCGCUAAUCCUGGGUUGCUGAGAGAAAUGAUUUUUUAACGGCGGGUAGUCUUCGAAGCGGCUACAAUGUAAGAGAAGUCGGCUGUGAGCACGAAAAUAAGAGCGGUGGAGGAAAGGGCGAGCAUCGAAGAAUGGAAUGUGUAUGUAUGGUGUCGCAAAAGUGGUGGUGGUGGCAUCAAACGGCUGUUUACC